CUCGGGGGUCGCCGAGUGGGAAAAGGCUGGGGUCGGAGGGGCGGGUUACCCUGAGGAAGAACGAUCAGGACCUGGGUGUGCAAUGAGGGGCGGUUAAGGGGGAGAAGAAUAGAAAUUGUAGGGUGCUCUGGGGAGAUGGGAGGACAACAGCGGCGGGGAUAGGGAAGACUGGAGAAGAGUGGGAGGCAGCCCGGAAUAAGCCUUGAAAUCACUAUUUUACAGAUGAAGAAAUGGAAUCAUUGUUGAUGCAACUCACUAAAAGUGGUAAAGAUUUAUCCUGCUGGGAAGUAGAAGAGUACCUCAUUAAAAAAGAUGCCUCCCAAGUUCAAACGCCACCUAAAUGACGAUGAUGUCACAGGUUCUGUGAAAAGUGAAAGGAGAAAUCUUUUAGAAGAUGAUUCAGAUGAAGAAGAGGACUUUUUUCUAAGAGGACCAUCUGGACCAAGAUUUGGACCUAGAAAUGAUAAAAUUAAGCAUGUUCAGAAUCAGGUGGAUGAAGUCAUUGAUGUCAUGCAAGAAAAUAUUACAAAGGUAAUAGAAAGAGGGGAGAGACUAGAUGAACUACAGGACAAAUCAGAAAGCUUAUCGGAUAAUGCAACUGCUUUUAGCAACAGAUCCAAACAACUUCGAAGGCAAAUGUGGUGGCGCGGAUGCAAAAUAAAAGCCAUCAUGGCUUUGGUUGCUGUUAUCCUUUUGUUAGUGAUUAUCAUUCUUAUAGUUGUGAAAUACCGUACUUGAUUUGAUGACAGAUCUUCAUUAAACAAAAUCUGGGACAAUAAUAAAAGGUUGCUGCAUAAUUUAAAUGAAACCCAUGUAUAUAACUUUCACAGCUUCUUUUUCAAGAAAUUAAGAGGCAAGUAUCACUUCAAAUUGGAGCAUUGAGAAUGUCCAAUUAUCUCCCUCCCUUCCAACAAAAUGUUGCUUUUAAUAAUUAUGUUUGAGGCAAAGAUAACCAGCCUUGAUUUUGCCAUAUUCCAAGGGUCUAAUUUGAAACUAGAUACUUGCCAAUUCACUAUUGUAUAUAUAGUUAAACACUGAUAAGGAUAUUUCAUACUGUUAUUUUAAUGGCAUAAGGACUUGAAUUUGUUGCAUUGAGGUAGGGAUCAGGCUGGUGGUCAGGGAGCCUCUGCAGAGUACCAAAUCAUCAUGCUGAAAGAUGUGUAUAACCAUUCCAUCGAUAUUUGCAAGAUUCUUCUCAUAUUAACAAUUGCUUUGUAAGCAAUAUUCACAUGUUUAUAGAUGUAACAAAAGCUAAAUGUUGUAAAUGUUGCUGCCUUCAGCUAUAACUAAAAACAUUCCAGUAAACCUAUUUUUGAUUGUAUAAGGGAAUGGGUAGUGAUUUUUUGACAUUUGGAUUAUGGAAAUGGGAAAUUUAAAGUGUGAAAAGCAUAGUAUGGCAUCAUAAACUGGAGGUGGUAAAAUUAUUGGAGCGCAUCAUUGGAGUAUUUGAAAACACCAAACAUGCAGCUAAAAGUCGUGGUCCAGUCUGUUUUCAGUUAGCCUCCAAAAAGGAGGACCAGUCCUAAUGUGAGUAAAUGAAAUCCACAGGUAACUUGUCCCCAUAAUUUUCUGUUUAUUAGUAGCUUUCUUCUUUAACUUCAACUAGCUAUUUUACCAGAAAUGCUAAAAGUAGCAAAAUCACCUGCUUAGGAUUUUUGAUUUUUGCAUUCCCUGAUUAUCUCCUGGGAAAUGCAUGUUAUACAUACAAUCAAAUGUGAAAUUAGUAAGUAAUAAUGAGUAUAAGAAGUCAGGAGCCUAGCUAAUCAGUCGGUAACCAAAUGCUAGGGUCACCAUUAAUCUCAGUCUGUUUUUAUAAUGAUAAAGAGUGUUAACUUUAAAGUGUGCCAACUUUCUUGGGUUGUUUAAACAUGUGAAAAUGAAAAUACAGUUCGCUAGUGUGUGUGUGAGGAAGUUUUAUAAUAAAAUUGGAGGUUCUGUAGA